UGUUUUCCCCGCAAAACACCCGGACACAAUUUGAUGACGGACCAGUCCGCUUCCGGUGCAGUUGUCAACAGAGCCGCACAACGCGUGUUUCCAAACAGACAAAAUGCCAAAAGUUCAGAAAGGAAAAGUGUCGGAGAAAGUCGUUCACCCGUUCAGCAGGAAAGCUGCUUAUCUGGCCCGAGAGGAAAUCCGACUGAAAAGGAAAGAAAGGCAGAAAAAUGACAAAGCCACACGUCUGAGCAGCAUUGGUGAGAAGCUGCUGUGGUUUCAGGGGCAGUUGGAUCCAGCAAAGACGGCUUACACCAAAAAAGAUGCCUGUGACAUCAUUGAGAGGUACCUGCAAAGGUUUGAUUCCGAACUGGAGCAGAUCGAGUUGACGAAUGGGAUCAAAGGCCGUCAGGGUCGUCUCCAUGGUGCCAGAGAAGCUGUCAUCAAACAGACCAUUGAGCGGGAGCGAGCACAGUAUGAGGGCGUAGGAUUAGAGAUCCCGGACAUCAUUAAUGCAAAGCAUCUGAAAACUUUCAGGGAGUGGACUGGCGAUCUGAAGAAACUUCCAAAUAUUAAACUGCGGAAGGUGUCUAACAAAGGUCUUGACACAAAGAAUGAAGGACAGGAGAAUGAUGAGGCAGAAGAAGAGGAUAAUGAGGAUGAUGACGUUGCUUUGGAUGAUGAGAAGUUAGAUGAGAUGGUUCUGAUGUCGGACUGAAACUGAGGCUCUUCAUAUUCGACCAUGUCUUAGUAUUAAAGCUUCUGUCGUCCUUCCAGGACAAGUGAACAUCAACUGGCUUUCAGCAAAGACUCUUUAUAGAAAAACUGUUUGCGUGCCUGUGUGAGAAGAUGCUGCUGCUCCAUUACUGUCCAGAAGAUGGCGCCAAAACCUUGGAGAUGGAAAACUACUUUUUUUUUAAUCAGUCAUCCCUCUUUCUGAGUCUUCUUGUUUUAAAAAACUUAACACCAACCUGUGAGGGGUUCUACAUUCAUUGUUUAUUACACAAAUAAAUAUGCAUUGUAUGUAACCUGAAUAAUCAAUUUUUAUCCAAUCAGAGAUAGAAAAAAAGAUGUUGACAAAGAUGUUGAGUGCUCUGAUGUUGUGAUGGAUAUAAGACACAGAAAAUUGUAUUUUCCGUGACUUGACAGUGACACUGGUAAAAAAAUCCAAAUUAAACCUGUAGAAAAGUGGACAAGUGUAAAGAGCAGUUGUCUUGUCACUCAAUCAGUGUGCCAGUUUUAAUUGAGACAAACACUGUUAUAACCUAAUGUAAAACAUGAACUAUUGGCAACCAUGAAAGCUGUAGUUACAUUUGUGUAUAGGUAACGGACCUUGCAGAGCAGGACCACGUAAAGCUGCAAACUGUCAGAAGACAACGUCAUAAACAUUGGGCUACUUGAGAUUUGCUAUUUUAAGAAAUAUUCAGAACGUUCCUAUGACAGUAAAUUAAUUUUCAUAACAUUCAAUUUUUAGAUAUCAGACUGAGCUAAAGAUACUGUUUAAAUAAUUGUUUCUCUAUUUAUAAUAUCUGACUCUUUGGUGUCUGAAGACCUGAUUGUCCAGUGGGAGUUAAGGCCUCAGUAUGCUUCAAACGAAGACCUUGUUGGAUUCUCCAACGGCAUCUAAAACCAAACAUCCUUUCUUCAACAGCAGUAGGCCAAAUGUGUGCAGUGUGCAGCCCUUGAACUUCUCUCAAGUCUUCCACAAUUACCACCACGUCUCAUGCGCACGACUGAGCGAAACUCCACAAAUGACUGUUCCAUUGCAACGACUGUUGCACCUUGCAUGUUGUAGCAGCGUAGCCGUGUGGAAAAACUGAACACUUUUUUUUCUUCAGAUGUGGUCAUGAAAACUUGUUGCCACUUUUCUCCACACCUUG